CUUCCAUUUCUCUUGAAACACCAUAGUUGAUAAGGCGGGUGGUAACGCUAAAGCUUUGCUCCAAGAAAAUGGCGUCUGCUCCAAGCUCUACACUUUCUCCUCUCUAUGAAUCCAAUAUCUUCUGCAACUUCAAUUCUCCUCAAAAAUUCACUUUUCCCCUUAAACUUCACUCCAAAUCUUGUAUUAGAACGACCCAAGUGUCACUUCAAGAACAAUCCCAGGUCUCAAAUCCCAAUACUUCUCAAUACCCAGAUAGAAAAGCUGUUUCUUCAUCAAAAAGCAAGCUUUGGGUCAACCCCAAAAGCCCCCGAGCUUCUGAGCUGAAGCGGAAGUCUUACGAUUUCAGGUAUGCUUCUUUAAUGAAAGUGGCUGAGUCUUUGGAUUCUUGUAAACCUGUAGAAGAAGAUGUUUCUAAUGUUUUAGCUGAAUUGGGUGACAAAAUAGUAGAGCAAGAUGCUGUUGUGACAUUGAAUAACAUGACUAAUGCUGAAACUGCGUUGCUGGCGAUGAAGUAUUUUCAACAAAGGUUGAAAUUGAGCAAAGAGGUGAUUGUAUAUAAUGUGACGUUGAAAGUUUUGAGGAAAAAUAAGGAUUUGGAUAGAGCAGAGAAGGUGUUUGAUGAAAUGCUUGAGAGAGGGGUAAAGCCUGAUAAUGUUACUUUCUCGACUAUUAUUAGUUGUGCUAGGCAGUGUAAUUUGCCUGAAAAAGCUAUUGAAUGGUUUGAAAAGUUGCCAUCUUUUGGGUGUGAACCAGAUGAUGUUACGUACUCUGUGAUGAUUGAUGCUUAUGGUAAGGCUGGUAAUGUAGAUAUGGCAUUGAGUUUGUAUGAUCGUGCGAGAACAGAGAAAUGGCGUAUAGAUGCUGUAACAUUUGCAACGUUGAUUAGGAUUUAUGGGGCUGCGGGGAAUUUUGAUGGGUGCUUGAAUGUGUAUGAGGAAAUGAAAGCGCUUGGUGUAAAGCCUAACAUGACUGUGUAUAACAGUUUGUUGGAUGCUAUGGGAAGAGCUAGGAGGCCAUGGCAGGCAAAGAACAUCUAUGGAGAAAUGCUAACCAAUGGAUUUCAACCAAGUUGGGGUACCUAUGCUUCACUCAUUCGGGCUUAUGGUAGGGCUCGUUAUGGUGAAGAUGCUCUUAAAAUCUAUAAAGAAAUGAAGGAGAAGGGAUUGGAGUUGAGUGUGGUACUAUAUAAUACACUUUUGGCAAUGUGUGCUGAUGUCGGACUUACAGAUGAGGCUGUUAACAUUUUUGAGGAGAUGAAAAGCUCGGCCUCAGAGACUUGCCAACCUGACAGCUGGACAUACUCUUCUCUAAUCACCAUAUUCUCUUGUAGUGGGAAGGUCUCGGAGGCGGAAUUCACAUUGAAUGAGAUGAUUGAAGCAGGGUUUGAACCAAAUAUCUUUGUCUUGACCUCGCUUAUUCAGUGUUAUGGAAAAGCAGGUCGGACAGAUGAUGUAGUAAGAACUUUCGAUAGGCUGUCAGAUUUGGGAUUAUCUGCAGAUGAGCGGUUUACCGGUUGUCUUCUUAAUGUUUUGACACAAACAGCAAAGGAAGACCUUCACAAGCUAACUAUCUGCCUUGAGAAGGCAAAUCCGAAGCUUGGUUACGUGGUGAAACUCCUAGUGGAUGAUGAAGUUGAAGAAGAAGAAGGGGCUUUUAAGAAACAUGCUGCUGAACUUUUGGAUUGUGCAACUACGGAUGUCCGGAAAGCGUACUGUAACUGUUUGAUUGACAUAUGUGUCAAUCUUAACCAGUUGGAGAGAGCUUGUGAGUUGUUAGAUGUUGGACUAACUCUCAACAUCUAUACAGAUAUUAUGUCUCGAACUGCUACUCAAUGGUCUUUACAUCUGAAGAGCCUCUCCCUUGGUGCAGCUUUAACAGCAUUGCACAUCUGGGUUAAUGACUUGAACAAAGCACUUGAAAGUGGGGAAGAGUUCCCAUCAUUGCUUGGAAUCAACACAGGACAUGGAAAACAUAAAUAUUCCGAGAAAGGUCUGGCAGGUGUAUUUGAGUCGCACCUUAAGGAAUUAAACGCUCCAUUCCACGAGGCACCUGAUAAGGCUGGGUGGUUUUUGACCACGAAGGUUGCAGCUACAUCAUGGUUGGAGUCUAGAUGUGCUCAAGAGGUGGUUGCUGCUUAGAAUGGUCAGGGUUCUUUGCUCUAUGGCCUUGAUAAUUCUUGUGCUGCAGAGAUUUUGUUUCUCUUACAUCUGAAAGGUACCUUUAGUAGAUUAUUCAUUGUUUAGGAUACCUCUUCUUUCUAGAUGAGGAGUUUUGAAUUUCGAGUUCAGUAGCCUAUCCAAGUGUAUCUCUUGCAAUCAGCAAUAGAAAAAGAAUUUGAGGAAAAAUGAAUGAGAUAUCAUAUUUAUAUUUUAAUUCUA